GAAAAGAAGCUUUAGCUUUGGGAGAGUAGGGACAGUGACAGGUCUCAUUCUCAUGACGGUGAUUCACUUUCUUCAAUUACCUUAACAACAACAAACGCCCAAACCCAACCUUAGAUUUCAUUCCUUCUUCUCUCACCAUUCUCAAUUUCAUUUCUUUAUAAAUCACACAUUCAUAUCUUCUCUCUCUCUUUCUCUGACUGUGAAGACCUGUUUAAGCUGACAAUUUGUCACAACUUUAAAGUACUUAGUCGCCCAAUUAACUAUUUCAUCGUCAUAUGCUAAAAAGCUUCCAACUUUAAAGUUAGCGAAAAAGAAAAGCACUUUGGGAAAGAAAAAAGCAGCAACAAGAUUGAUCUUUGGUUUUGGGUUGCAAUUGAAAUGCUGAAACUCUAUGAGGUUUAUCACUGCAUCGUCGGUUUCUUCCUCGUGAUCUUUGUCUUUCUAUCCAUCUUUCCAGGUCGUUCAUGACAUACAAGGAGUUCAGAUUUUGGUUGCUGCUGUAAGAGUUAAGACACCGCAUUUAGUUCAGCCCUACCCUUUUGUUUCUGCUACAUCAGAUAAAGAUGGCAGCUGAGCUAGUCAAUGCUGCAACAAGUGAGAAAUUGGCUGAAACUGAUUGGAUGAAAAAUAUUGAAAUCUGUGAAUUAGUUGCCCAUGAUCAAAGGCGAGCUAGAGAUGUUGUUAAGGCUAUAAAAAAGAGACUGGGUAACAAGAACCCUAAUGCUCAACUUUUUGCAGUCACGUUGCUGGAAAUGUUGAUGAACAAUAUUGGGAAUCAUAUUCAUCAGCAGGUGAUUGAUACAGGAAUUAUUCCUAUUCUUGUGAAAAUUGUGAAGAAAAAGUCAGAUUUGCCAGUAAGGGAGCGGAUAUUUCUCCUACUAGAUGCCACACAAACAUCCCUUGGUGGUGCUUCUGGAAAGUUUCCACAGUAUUAUAAUGCAUAUUAUGAUUUGGUGAGUGCUGGGGUGCAAUUUCCUCAAAGGCCUCAAGUGGUACAAUCAAAUCGUCCUCAUUCACAACCUAAUAGGACUAACAAUGUACCUAACAGGGAGCAGGCCCCACCUAGACAUGAAGGGGUUCCUCAGCAGUCAGAGUCCCGGACUGUUCCUGAGUCUAGCAUUAUUCAAAAGGCUAGCAAUGCAUUAGAAGUUUUAAAAGAAGUCCUUGAUGCUGUUGAUGUCCAUAAUCCUCAGGCGGCAAGAGAUGAAUUCACCCUUGACCUUGUUGAACAAUGUUCAUUUCAGAAGCAAAGGGUAAUGCAUCUUGUGAUGGCUUCUCGAGAUGAGAGGAUAGUUUCUCAAGCAAUUGAAUUGAACGAGCAACUUCAGAAAGUUCUUGCAAGACACGAUUGCCUUCUUUCGGGCAGAGCCACAACAAUCGCUAAUCACUUAGACUGUGACCAAGCAGAGGAGGAAGAAGAAGCUGAACAGUUAUUCCGGAGAUUACGUAAAGGAAAGGCUUGUGCAAGGCCUGAAGAUGAUGAAGCUGAGUUCCCUCACUUGGGUUUGCUUGAAGAGAGACUCAACCGUCCGCUGAUAAGACCACUCUCGUUGGAGCCAUCUCGGGAAGCUAAUACUCGUUCUGCACCAGCAGUGAUUCCUCUGCCAAGUGCAAAACAGAACGGGGAGCUUCAUCAUGUGGCAAUUCCGCCGCCACCUGCAAAGCACGUUGAGAGGGAGAGAUAUUUUCAGGAGAAUAAGAAAGAUGGUGCUACUUUGGCUGGCCACUUGAGAGGCCUCUCGUUGCAUAGUCACAACGGUAGCAGCUCUCAUAGUGGAAGCUUUGAUUUUAGUGAUUGAUUUCUAAACACUUCUUUUUAACCCUUUUUUUUUUCAGUUUUCCUACUUUGCUGUUGGGAAUUGAACUUGAUUUCUGAUAUAGUCCUUUUUUGUGUGUUGGGGUGAGAGGAUGGGAGGGGGAUUAUAAGACUGCUUUGGUUUGACAAAUGCAUGUAAUUGAGGAGUUGUUUAUGAGGUUUUGUAGGUUCCAUGUGCUGGUGUCAUAAUGCUGCUGCUGUUCUAAUUUUCAGGGAACUAAGCUAACUAUAUAUUUCCUUCUCUUUUCCUACACCUACUGUAACAUGAUUGUAACUAUUUUUGUUUUUCUAUUUUUUCAUAGAGAUCUUUUGUAUUGCGUUUGCUUCAGAGUGCGUGAUCUAUUGUAGUGUGUAUGGAUUGGAUUUAGUAUUUUCUUAAAAAAAUAAAAUUGAUAGUGAGUUUU